AUGGAGUUUAAGGAUUCUUAUAGUUUAUAUGAUGAAAUUGUUGUUCUUUCUUUGAUCGGGUCUGUAUUUUUAAUAAGUAUAUUCUAUUAUAUGAUGCUACAAUAUGCUAAAAGACAUUCACAAAAACCUAAUAGAAGAUUAAGUGAAGAAGCUGUUAUACGUUUCAUGGCGGUAAUGGGUUCUGGUGGGCAUACAAUGGAAUUAUCAAGUUUAAUAAGAUCUUUAAAACAAAAAAAUUACAAUGAACGAUAUUAUAUUAUAGCUGAUACUGAUAUUUUAUCAGAAGAAAAGAUUCACGUUCUUGAGAAAGAAACUUUUGACUACGGGAAAUAUAAAAUUGAGAAAAUACCAAGAAGUAGAGAGGUUGGACAGAGUUAUUUUACAUCUAUUUUUAGUACAUUAAAAGCAUUUUUUGCUUGCCUCAAAAUAGUUUUUGAACUAAAACCGAAUGUCUUGUUUACCAAUGGUCCGGGAACAGCAAUUCCAGUUGUAUUUGCAGUUUUCCUUUUUGAUUUAUUACUUGGAAGAGAUUGUAGAAUAAUAUUUGUUGAAAGUUUUGCAAGAGUCAAGACACUUUCAUUAACUGGACAAAUUCUUUAUUAUACCAGGGUGGCUGAUGUAAUUAUUGUUCAAUGGAAUGAUCUUGUUAAAAGAUUUCCCCGAGUUGAGUAUAUUCCAUUUUUCUAUACUUUUUUAGAUUCCCAAAAUGUUAAUACAUUAGAAAAUUAG